GUGUGUCGUCUGCUUGCUGUUUACAGUAAUUGCGUGUUGCGGAAAAUAAUAUUUACAUCAACAGAAUUAAUUAUGGUAUUUGUUUCUGGCGUCUUAAAUAAAUUGGAAAUAAACUCUGCUCGCCAACUGUAUAAGUAUCUGAUACGGGAAUGCAAUAAACUGCCGAAAGACGCAUCACAAUUUUACAAGCAUUCCAUUAAGCAGAGCUAUAAACAACAUGUGUAUGAAACAGACCCAGAAAGAAUCCAACAAAUAAUAAGUCGGGCAUUAGAAGAUGCACAAUGGGUUAUGAAGAAGUACACUGGCGGAGGAAAGCAUUAACGCUAAUGUAUGUUGCUUGAUUACUGACAUUGAGGUAGUACAGAAUCAAUGACAUAAGUAUAUCAGUAUUGCUUUUUGUAUUAAAACAAGCUAGAUAGAUUUACAAAGACCGCUGUUGGUGCUGUUUGUAAAGAAAAGAAUGAAGAUGGAGACAUCAUCUGCCAAUAACCUUACGCAAGAAAUUGAAGACAGUUCAGAAGAGAAUAAUCAGAAGUGGACAGUCAUAGAGACUGCAGAGCUUGAGAGUGUUGAUCAGUUCUGGUCUUCCAUUGAAAUUUUGAACAGAAACUUACAUAUUGUGCUGCCCCGUGUUUGUGGUUCAGUUCUUGCAUUUUCUGGCAAGUUACUACGUCCCUUAAAUAAAAAAGCUAUUAAUUUCAAAAGUUUUGCAUCAUUUAAUCUUGGAGAAAAUGGAAAUGCUGUUGAUAUUCUGGAACAGUUGAAGGUCUGUGGAAUGGAUAUUGAAAUGAUAAAAGAUACUGAAAUUUAUGUCGCAGAAGUUUGUUAUGUUACAGUGCAGAAGUUAAUUCUUAAUCUUCAAGGUGUUUCUACAAAUCUUUGGGUAUUAGCUGUUAUAGAUCAUAAAGAUAAUGAAGCCAUGUAUGUGCUUCUUGAAAGCCCAACUCAAGAGACCACUACUGCAAAAUUAAAAGUGCAGUCUGUUUUCCCAUUCAAAAUUUGCUACAAAGAUUGCAGUAUAAGACUGAUGAAAAUGGAAAAUGAUAAAGAAUGUGAUAGCUAUUGGCUUAAGAACACACUGCUCACAAAACUGUUAAAGUGGGCCCAUUCAUUGCCACCUUCAAAGACACCAGUUAAAUCUCUUUCAUUGAUUGGAAUUGAAGAGUAUGUUAAGCUUUAUCACACUCUCAAGGAGAAAUAUGGAUCACAUAUGGUUAAGAUUUGGCCAGAAAGAACAGAUCCACAGAAAUUUGUUUAUGAAGAUGUGGCUAUAGCAACUUAUUUAUUGCUGUUGUGGCAAAAACAACGAGAGGAAGCUGAGAGACCACAAUGGAUGCAGAGUUUUGUUGAUCUUGGCUGUGGAAAUGGAUUGCUUGUGUAUAUAUUAAGUAGUGAAGGCCACGUGGGUAAAGGCCUAGACAUUAGAAAAAGAUCCAUAUGGGAUGUUUAUCCUGAGUCCACACAGCUCCAGGUUGACACUAUCACACCUUCAGAUAACUUCUUGUUUCCUGACACUGACUGGAUUAUUGGCAAUCAUUCUGAUGAACUAACACCCUGGAUUCCUGUAAUAGCUGCCAGAAGUUCUUACAAAUGCUGCUUCUUUUUACUACCAUGUUGUUUUUAUGACUUCACUGGCAACAAAUACCAGAGACAGAACACUGAACUUAGCCAGUAUGCAGAUUACUUGGAAUAUUUAAAAUAUAUUUGUGAAGUUUGUGGUUUUAAAAUUCAGAUAGAUCGGCUGAAAAUACCAUCCACGAAAAGGAUUUGCCUUAUUGGGGCCAAACGAACUCACAUUGAAACAGAAAGUGACAUGAUUCACACAAAUAUUCUUCAGCUUCUAGAAAGUAAAAAUGAUAAAGGAAAAAAUGUAGGUGAAAAUGGUAGUUCUGAGUGGAUGUCAGGAUUUAAAGCACGUGAAUCUGUUGAGAGAGUUCGUAACUGUACUCAGCUAGACAGCGGACUGCGAGUCCAAAUUGUCAAUAUGGUAACACAGCAUCUGCUUGCCAAACGCCGCUUACUUAAAGUCAUGACAGAUAAUGGUGAAGAAAAGAUGUGGAAUGCUGGUGGUGUUAUGAGCAUUGGUGAAAUAGCUGCAGCUAUACCCACCAGUCUAUUGCAACAGUUGAAGAAUGAAUGUGGAGGACUGCAAACAUUACUAAGAAACAGUCAUCAUAUAUUCUUUGUGCACAAUGGAAAUGUACAAUUUAGAACACCAGAAAAUGUGCACAACAAAACUGCAAAAAAUAAACACAGAAAAAGAAAAAAGGAAUCUUCUGUGUUAAAGCACAAAAUUAAGCCAUGUUGGUUUCAUGAGAACCAUCCUGAUGGAUGCUUCCUCCCAGAUGAAAUAUGUACUUUUAAACAUUAAUUGUGUUUCCAUAAUAACAUGGACUUUAAAUUCAUACUGAAUAAUGAAGUAUGGUAAGUGAAUUCAGGAUCUGCAUUUUUGGUAAUAAAUGGGAGGCAAAGCUCUAUGAAUCUAAAUGAAGAGAAAAGAUAUGUGUAAAGACUGUAAUAGAAGAGUUUUGAAGUAACUCUGUAGAGAAUAUGCAUUAGGGUGACAAAGUUUAACUUCACUGAAAAUUUAAAUCCUGAGAAAACUGCCAAAGGGGACUCCAUGUGAUCAUAAAUAAUUAUUUUGCAGGGCAGAUUACUAGGAGUCAUUUCACUCCAAAACAAAUGUGUUAAUUCCAGAAGUCACUUGAAAAUACAUGUUCUAUAAUUAUAGCAUGUAUUAUGCAAAUCUGAAUGUAGCAAAAACAUAUCUGUUCACAUACUAUCUGUCAUUUUGCUUCAUAAUAUAUGUUAUAUUCUGAAGAAUGUAACCCAAGAAUUGAAUUCUAAAAUUAAGGGUGCGGGCUGGUUUCUUGAUCAGUCAGCUAGUUUCGUUGCAUUUUGUCAAAAUCUUUA